UCAGUUGCCGUGGGAAUACAAUCUGUAAGAAAUUCAUUGUGCUCAACAGGUGUCUUAAUUGCUUUGCGAACAUGUCAUAUGCAAAUCAGUCUGUGACCAAUGUCAGUGCUGAGCAGCAGUAUCAGGGCUUACUGGAGAGGUUGAUAUUCUCCACCGUGACCACCGUGCCGUGCUGUGUGUUUCUCUUCCUUAACGGGACCAUGUUGUUCACCUUGAGGAGUAAAACUGUGUUUUGUGAGACCUCCCGUUACAUUCUGCUGUUUAACCUCCUUUUUGCAGACACCGUACAGAUGUCUCUGAGCCAGUUACUUUACAUCCUGGCAGCUGUCGGACUAAGGCUGACGUAUCCUUUAUGUGGAGUUCUCACCAUGCUGUCUGAUCUCACUAAUGAGAUCUCUCCCCUCACCCUGGUGGUGAUGUCUGUGGAGAGAUACGUAGCUGUGUGCUACCCACUGAGGCACUCCACCCUCGUCACCAUCAGGAACACAGUGGUGGCCAUCGUUGGGGUUUGGGUCUUCAGUUCUCUAAAUGUCCUCACUAAAGUCAUUCUCCUGUUAGAUUUCCCAUUUAAAGACCUGGAGAGCCUGCAGAUGAGAGAUUAUUGCUCUGGCAUAGCCAUGUUCCUGGGCCCGAUGUCUGAUAGUUAUAACAAAGCGUACACUUGUGUUCUGUUUGUGUCAGCGGGGGUGGCGGUGACGUCCUCCUACAUCGGUGUGACGAUAGCAGCCAGGUCCGCCUCCACGGACAAAGCUUCAGCCCGAAGGGCUCGUAACACCCUGCUGCUGCACCUGGUGCAGCUGGGCCUCAGCCUCUCCUUCUCCAUCUACAACCCCUUACUCACAGCUCUGUACAGGGUCGCGGCGAGGAUCGUGUUCGUGCGAGCCCAGAACGUGUUGUACGUGUUGAUGUGCAUCUUGCCCAGGUGUCUGAGCUCUCUCAUCUACGGCAUCAGAGACCAGACCAUCAGACCGGUCCUCAUGGACCAGCUCUGCUGUCGACUGAGACGCUCGGUCGUCCCAGCCAAGAUGGAGAGAUAG